UUAAGAGCUUCAGGAUUAAAAUCGGGAGAUAGACAAGCAUUGCUACAAAUGUUGAUGCAGCUCUCUGGAAGUAUUGGACAUGUUAAGGAAGCGAUUGAGUUGCUUAAAUCUCUCAACUUUUUCGAAAUUGAACCAGACUUUAGGGAGGCAAACAAAAAGAUUAUUAAUGCCUACAAAAAAGUUGAGCGUUCCUUUGACAACGAACAAAAAUAUGAUAUAGAUAGUAGAGGGUGGACAUUUCUUGACCAUCGUCAAUUCGACCAGUUAUGCAAAGAGCAACAUGCAGACUUCCCCGAAGAGUUGAGGAAAGAGACUGAACGAUUUUCUCAGUUGGACAGGAUAGGGAGAGAACAGGCUUUAUGGAAACGGAUUGAAAGAAUAGCGAGGAACAUUCCUGAUGAAUAUGCCGAUAAAUUGGAUGAAAGGAGGAGGAGAAAAAUUGAAAAAUUGUACAGGGGAAAAUUCCGUUUUAAAAGACAGGCGGGUGUUGAAGUUGGACAGCCUGUGAUUCUAGCCCCUUUCAUGUUCACUCCAACUAUGGGUCUCUCAGUUCUAGGCCCUCUCAUUUUAUCACCAAGCAUUUUUGCUCCUCAAAUUUUGGCUCCUUCCGUCCUCAGCCCUUUUGUGCUAUCGCCUGGAGCUCCUAUGCCGUUUAUCCUUUCUCCUUUUGUUUUAGGCCCUUUUAUUCUCUCUCCAAUGGCUUUAACACCUUUUAUUUUAACUCCUUACGUUCUAUCACCUAAUAUAUUAAAUCCGUAUGCACUGUCUCCAUUGAUUCUAAGUCCUAAUGUAAUUUUUUUAUAUUUUUAUAUAGACAUUCAAACUUGUAGAAAUAUAUAA